UUUUCAAAAGAAAAUUUGAUCUAGAUUUGUUGAUAUGGAGACGACAACCUCGGUAACAUCGACUUCAUCUUGUUUUGUGAGCUGGGAAGAGUUUUAUGUAUCAAACGAACAAGAUAAGAGGAAGAAGGUUUAUUAUUAUCUCAAAUGCAUGGAUGGUUCAUCGGAUCUAGCGGUUGUUGGCCGAGAAAGAAGCUUACCGGAUAUGCCAUAUCAUUAUUCUAUACGGAAUUCUUCUCUCUUGUCAAAUUUGUCUUCUAAAUUGAAACUCAGAUCUCGGAAGGAUGUUGUCAAAUGGUUAGAUUCUAUCGUUUCAGGUUCACAUAUGUUGGCUGAUGCUUCAUUGACUAAUCGUUAUUAUCGAAUCAGGUCCAAUGAAAAUCCAAAGAUUGGGCAACAGAGUGCAGAUUUUUCGUGGUUUGGUGUUCCAUGGACCUGCAAGAAAAGAAGAACACAUUACCAGUCCUUUUGCAGUAAUAAUGUUAAAAUCUCGGCUCACGACAUUGUCUAUGUUAUGGAUGAUGAAAACAAACGUCUUGUUGCUCACUUAGUUGAUAUGUACGAGGAUCCAAGAGGGAUCAGGAUGGUUGCUGUGCAAUGGUUUCACAAAAUCGAUGAAGUUGGUAUGGUUUUGCCACAAAACUAUAACAACAGAGAGGUUUUCUUUUCACUUUGUGAACAACACCUUAGUAUUGAAUGUAUAGAUGGACUAGCAAGCGUUCUAAGUCCCCUACAUUACGAAAAGUUCUCCAAAAUGACUAAACAUGAUUCACUAGAACCGUUUUUUUGUCAAAAACUGUUUGACAAUGGCGAGAUUAAGCCUUAUAAUAUUACGCAGCUUAAGGGUUAUUGGAGACAAGCCACAAUCGGGCAUUUAUACAGUAUUAAUGUGUCAAAUGAUUGUUUGAAGUCUCUAACUCUUGACAAUCAUCUCAAGGAGGAAAUAACUAUUAGACCAAAGAAAAGACUGCAUCAGUCUAAGGAUACCAAUAUUUAUUUUGGAUCUGAAAAUGGUUACAGCAGCCCUGACUGUCUAAUUAGUUCCGGAUUGGGUUCUGAAAACAGCAGAAUGAUGGAGGCUCACGCUGUUACUACAGAAGCUGAUGUGAAAGAAGACAUUGUCAUGAAACCUUUACAACAUUUGGUUGUAGGAUCUGCUGUGGAAGUUCUUUCACAGGACAGUGGUAUAAGAGGUUGUUGGUUCAAGUCUGUCAUUAUCAAGAAGCACAAGAACAAGGUUAAAGUGCGUUACAUAGAUAUUAUGGAUGCUGAAGAUGAAUCAAAACUUUUGGAGGAAUGGAUCCUAGCUUCAAAAAUUGCUAACCCCGAUGCAAUGGGUGUGAGGUUAUGUGAGAGACCUGUUGUUAGACCUAGUCCCCCAUCCAAGAAGGGUGUAAGCUUACUUGAUACAAAAGUUGGAGGAUCUGUAGAUGUCUGGUGGCAUGAUGGGUGGUGGGAAGGAAUUAUACUUCAGAAAUAUUCCGAAGAUAAAAUCCAUAUUUAUUUCCCAGGUGAGAAUAAAGAAUCUUGUUUCACUGUAAAUGAUCUGAGACAUUCAUGCGAAUGGUUGGUUAGUAAGAAAUGGGAAGACAUAAGGGAAAGACCUGAUCUUGCAAUUUCUAUCUUAUCUGGUUUGAAAAACAAUAAGGAAGCUUUAGUAACAAAGUGUGUUGUCAAGCUAGAUUGUGCCCUACAAGUCAUUAACAACGACUGUACCUUAGCGAAUAUAACUCCCGAGCUUAUAGAUGCUAAAAAGGUGGAUAAUACUGUUUGUGAUCUGUCAAAGGAUGCAUUGCUUGCCGACUUGAAGUGGAAUUCAUCUGGGAAGAGAAGCAGAUCUAAUCUUCAUCAUCAGAAAAUGUGUUGUUCUAAGAAGAAAAGAAGACGAGAAAGUGUUGGGGUGAGAAAAAAUCUGAGAAGAUUAUUCGAUUCUAAUGCUUUGGAUGAUAACUGCAAGUUCUUAGGAGAAUCUCGAUUCAGUUCGACAGUUGUUCCCAUUAUGUCUAUGUAAUGAAAUGUUUCUGGGUAUGUUGAGUUUAUUUAUGUUGGCUUUAGAUAUGUAUAUGGUAAUGUGCAAUGAAUAUUUAUUUAGGGUUUGGUGUUUUAGGGUUUAGAGCUAACUAAUGUAAUUCAAUGUUUUUGUUGAA